CGCUGAUGGACAGACGCAACUUGAGUGCUUCCAGUGUUGAUAGGAGUGCUGCAAUAAUAUGGCUGUUGCUGCCUGUCUGAAAGCGUCCCAGUCAACCGUCGUGUAUUCGGGUCAGGCACAGCCAUUGCCACUGGUAGGAAUGAACGGCGUCGGCGGAGGAACCGGUGGUCACUUGCAGAGUCAGCUGACCCGCUCACUGGAGCGCAUUCUGGAGGAUGCGCAUCUUAGCGGGGAGCUAAAGCUGAGCGGCCGCAAGCUAAAGGACUUUCCGAAGGCUGCUGGAAAGUAUAACCUCAGCGACACGGUUAUAGCAGACUUAUCGAGGAAUCGAUUCUGCGAACUACCAGAGGACAUCACUUGUCUUGCGUUUUUAGAACGACUUCUGGUCUACCAUAACACAAUUCGCUCCGUGCCAGAAACGAUACGUGGACUGCACUCUCUAAGUUAUUUAGAUUUAAGAAACAAUCAGCUCUCAGUUUUGCCGCGCGAAAUCUGUGCUCUACCUCUGCAGGUUUUACUUGUAUCAAACAAUCGACUUGCGACAUUGCCCGAUGAGCUCGGUCGAAUGGAGAAGCUGACGGAGCUCGAUGCUGCUUGCAAUCAGAUAACACAUCUUCCAUCGCGAAUGGGCGACCUACGCAACAUGCGUUCGCUUAAUUUGCGCAGCAAUCAGUUGGUUUACCUGCCCCGUGAUCUCACCUGUCUGCAGUUGGCCUUUUUGGACAUAAGUAGUAACAAGAUUGCCACGUUGCCCGUAGAACUUCGACACAUGACCUCGCUCGUGGAUUUGGAGCUAUCGAACAACCCUCUUACCUCUCCACCGGCUAGUCUCUGUGUGCGUGGAUUGGUGCAUGUUUUCAAAUAUUUGGAAACAAUUGCCUCGCGGGAGGAAAAAUCUAAGACGGGAGUUGACGGGCACGCAACGCUACGACGUACGGCUCUUUCGGCGAAGAAUUCUACCAGUUGUUUGCUGGAUAAUCAACAACGGAAUCGCAGGGCACACGUCGACUCUGGAUAUUGCACUAGCGAUGGUGGCUUCGAGGGUAAGCGAUGGAUGCAUGAUGAAGAUACGCACAAUUCCGGCACUGCAUCGUCAAAAUGGUCCCCUACUCCACUGCACUCGGGUUUUACGGUUAUGCCACGCAAUGGUAGUAACCAUAACACUACUUCUAAUCCGUCCUCAGGUGGGCCACAGGCCGCUCUGGUAGCUCAUGCGAUGCAUGGUGGUUCGAACGAUUCGGCCGUGGAGAAUAAUGUUGGAACUAUCAGUGGCAAUAAUGAUGUAUGUUGGGAAGAGGAAUUUCGAAAGAAUGCUGCAUUUCAGGAUCAUCAUCCCGAUCGUAAGCAGUUAUCAAAUAACAACAGUAACGAUAUAUCUCCCGAAGGAGACAUCACACCCGAUGGCACAAAGACGGAUGACAAAGGCCGUACACUAUCCAACUAUCAGACGUAUCGCGAGUACAAGGAAGCUUUGCGUCAGCAGCGUAACCUUGACUCAGUUUAUCGUUCGAAAGAUCAUCCACUGACACCAGAUAGUGCUGGAUCAGCAACCGACUCACCGGUUAGCAACAUUUCGCCCUACACAAAAUCGAUCUCGUCAUCCUCGGUGUACAGCAGUAGCAGCCAAAGCUCUCCCGUAUCGCCGCAUCAUACCGCAGGCGUACAAAAAAUGAACCAAAUGAAUGCAAAUCCGAACGGUAUACAUAAUACGACUGGCACAACUGGCGGUCAUUCGAGUCCUUUGCUAUCUCCAAAUCGCAAUGGUAGUCAAUCGUCUACAAUGGAUGACAGUACUGGCGGUACUCCUAAUAAACGACCAGUACAAAAGGUUAUACCGUCUCGUAACAUUGGUUCAUCUCAUCAUAGCCAAUCGCCUACACAUUUGAACGGUAAUCUUCACGCUUCAGGAACGGCUUCAGCAAGUGUUGCAAACGGAUCGCAUGGUAAAAUUCCGCUAGCAAACGGAGCUGGAAAAGGAUCUUUAACUUCACCAAACGGAAGCGUCAGUAAUGAGUAUGCUUACGUGAAACCAAAUAGUCCGUGCAAAUCCACGAGUGGCGCUUUGACGCACAAUAAUGUUCCUCCCUCGUCGAUUCCAAAACCGAUGGCACCAAAUGGUGCAGGAGGGUUGGGUUCACCUUUGCUAGCUAGUGGAAGUCAAAAACCAUUAACAGCUACAGUAGGAUACGUAAAUAACGCAAAACCGGGACAGAAAACAAAUAAGACUGUCUCUUGGAAUCGCGACGUGCCUACAGAAAAGUUGAGUUUUACUAUGCGGCGGGAGUUCGACAAACAGAAGGAAGAAACAGAACUGAUUGAGCAGUUGCGACAAAUAAUCGAAACGCGUUUAAAAAUGUCACUUCCGCAAGACAUUGCACCGUCAUUAAUGGAUGGUGUCGUACUAUGCCACCUUGCAAACCUUGUUCGGCCUCGAUCUGUUGGUAGCAUUCAUGUACCAUCGUCAGCUGUGCCCAAAUUAACCAUGGCAAGAUGCAGAAGGAACGUGGACUACUUUUUAGAUGCGUGCCGCAAAAUAGGAGUAGAUGAGGAGUUGAUUUGCUCCUGUCAGGAUAUCGUUCCAUCAAUUAUGGCCGAACCCCCGUUGGAGGACAGUGAUCGGAAGACGAAAGAUGAUGAUGGGCAUGGUUCAAAGGAAGCUAGUCUUACACCAAGACCUCCUAAUCCCUUAGCGAUGUAUCGAACGAUAGCAGCUUUGCUGAACAUACAACCGAUGUCGAGCCAAUUGGUAGCACCACCUUCACCGUCGGCCAUUGGUUUGCGUCGUCGUCCACGAUCACCACCACCACCGCCACCACCGUCAGCAUUGCAUUCAGUAUCGGUCGUUACAGCUGCUGCAACCAACACCAACAGCUCAACAGACCCAGAGAAAAAUUUAAAUUGCUACCCGUUGGCAUCGCAUGAUGUAUCCGCUCUAGGUACCAUAGAAACGCAGAGUUUAAAAAUUGUGACAGAUCAACACACUACCGAACAGAUUCUCGAAUACUCUUACUGCGAAUACAAUCAAAAACUGCAUCGCGGCAGUGAGGAUUAUCGGAAUGUUCCGGUGACUUUGGAUCUUCCCAAAGGAAAUUCAAAACCAGGAAGGAAACGAAAGUUUCCUUCUUCACGAGCUAGCCGCCGGAAUCAUAGUUCAAACGACAUACAGUCGAAUCUGAAUGAAAUAAUCGAAGAAUGCGAAUAUGAUAGUGAUAUUGGCAAGUUUCGCUGUCGUACUGACGACACUGAUGGCAUGAGAUACGAUCUUGGUGAUUACGAAGAUUCGGAAGCUAGCCUUACUUCCUGUGACGACGAUUUGAACGGCAUUGUUCUUGGAGGUGAUGAAAAUGGGGAUGCAUUCACACCAACUAAUGCUCAACCCACGUUGUGCGAUUCUUUAGUUCGUGGACAAAUUUCAGCGAACGAUCUGGACACUCCAGUAAUGGGUUUAAAGUUGCUGAAGCAAGGAACAAACGGGAGUGAGAAUUUUAAUAUUGUCCAAAACGACGCCGAAACCUUGCACGUGGAAGAGCAUAAGGUGGUCACAAAGAGAAUAGAAUUUUUCGAAAAUGCUGCUUCGACCGGGAGAAAAAUACUGAAUUUUGAAUCAUCGAACGGGACAAGUGCUGUUGAGGUUUGUACUACAGCACAGAAAACAGGUAUUGAAGCACAGAAUGCAUCUGAAGAGAACUUUUCACAAUUGUGUGCAAUCGUCGAUAAUCGGCGACGUGAAUCGGAUCACCCAAUGAUUUCAACUAUUUUAUGUUUAGGAACCUUCCUGUUUACAAUCAUUUAUCUAUACCUUUAUCCUUUGUAA